AUGAGAACAUAUAAACACCUUAACAAAAAAUUAAACAAAUAUGCAAAAGAAACAAGGGAAAAAUGGCUGGAAGAUAAAUUUAAGGAAGUAGAUUUAAUAAUUAAAAGAAAUAUAAUGAAUCAAACGUUCGACACUAUAAAGAAAUUUGCAAUAGAAAAACAAAAGCUUAUAGUAAAAUAAGAUACAUAAAUGGAAAUCUGCUAUUGAACAAUAAAAACAUGGUCUGCAGAUAGAAACAAUAUAUUGAAAUUCUGUACCAGGGCGACGAAAUAACAAGUCCAAAUGACGAAAAUAACCCAGAUAUGCAAGGUGUGAUAAUUCUGAGAGAAGACUUCAACCGAGUUCUUAAGACAAUGAAAACUAGAAAAGCCCUAGGUGUAGACGAGAUAACAUCAGAACUUAUUCAAAUUGCAGGUACAAGAAUUCAAGACAAAUUGUUUAAAUUGGUUUAUGGCAUUUAUAUAACUGGAGAAAUACCUGAAAAUUUCAAUAAAAACAUCAUAAUUACUCCACCCAAAAAUUCAACGGCUGAAAAAUACAAUGAAUACAGAACCUUGAGCAUAAUGGUUCACUCAGCUAAAAUCCUCGUUAAAAUAAUAAUCAACUGA